CACAAAUCUCAAACCACUCUCUCUUCUACACAACAGCAACAAACACUCCAACUCUCCCAAACGAUUCUGUCGCAAUGGAAACCACAGGAAAAGUGAAGAAGGCUUUCGGAGGAAGGAAACCCGGUGGCCCCAAGACCAAAUCCGUCUCCAAAUCCACCAAAGCCGGUCUCCAAUUCCCUGUCGGAAGAAUCACUCGUUUCCUCAAGAAGGGACGUUACGCACAGAGACUCGGUGGUGGUGCUCCCGUCUACAUGGCCGCCGUUCUCGAGUACCUCGCCGCAGAAGUUUUGGAGCUUGCUGGUAACGCAGCUAGAGACAACAAGAAGUCGAGGAUCAUCCCGAGGCAUCUUCUUUUGGCGAUAAGGAACGAUGAAGAGUUGGGGAAGCUUCUGAGUGGAGUCACGAUCGCUCACGGUGGUGUGUUGCCGAACAUUAACUCUGUUCUUUUGCCUAAGAAGUCUGCUAAGUCGUCUGAGGAAGCUGCGCCAAAGUCGCCAGGAAAAUCUCCCAAGAAGGCUUAAUCUUCUCGAUCGUUUGCUUUUAAAGUCACCAGUUUAGUUGUGUGUUUGGUUUAUUUUGUAGAAAUAUCUAGCUUUUGGUUAUGUAAUUUUGGAUUUGACUUCUCUUCAGAUCCAAACUUUUUCUAAGUAACAUUUUAUAAAAUCUUCGCAUCGCACCUAUCG